CGACGACGACGCCUCAUAGCAUUAUUAUUAUCAGCCAUCUCACAACCACACCCAACUCAUACCGCGUUGCCGCUCCUGCGGACGACGUCGACGAUCGUAUUACGACGGCUAAUCACCACCAGGGCUCCACAUCUGCCUCGUUGCCAGCAGCUUUGCCUUUUCCUCGCCACUAGCUCAUACCCGACGACGACAGUUCCCUCAAUUCUUGCUCUUAUUUCAACUAUCGAUAAUGGCCUUCAGUCAAAUCACUGCAACCAAUCUAACUCCUUCCAGACCCGCUCCCCAGGCACCUGUACGACGAACAACCGAUACCACGCCUUCUUAUAAUCAUACCUUACAGAACACUGGUUACAGUGCCACCUUCUCAUCCGGCUCCUCUUAUUCUCCAGACUAUACUGGUAUCGGGGGCUCCCCUCUUCGGCAUCCAGACAGCACUCUCUGUUCCAAUGUGAUUCGGUACGGGAUGGUCAGCUUGAAGGAGGAGGGCUUCGCCAGCUUCAUGUUUCUGAGAAAAUGGCUCCUGCUCAGGGAAGAGACGUUAUCGAUACAUAAAAACGAGUCUGCACCUCAGCAGAGCGUAAUCCCACUCAAGGAUAUCACGAACAUCGAACGAGUCGACUUGAAGCCGUACUGUCUACUGCUCGAAACAAAAGAUAAACGAUAUCAUCUGUCUCUUAAGAACGACGAAGAGCUUUACGGUUGGCAAGACGAUAUCUAUUCUCGCUCUCCGUUGAUGGGCGUGAGCAACCCAACCAACUUCGUACACAAAGUACACGUUGGCUUUGAUCCAAUCACCGGGGCCUUUACCGGUAUGCCUGAGCAAUGGAGCAAACUGCUCACGAAAUCCGCUAUCACUCGGGAGGACUAUGCAAAGGAUCCCCAGGCUGUCCUCGAUGUACUUGAGUUCUAUACUGACCACCAGAAGCGUGAGCUGGAAGAAAUGGGCAUGGGCAUGCCUCCCGUCACGCGUUCCCUAUCGGGUAAUUCAGUCGGCACACUCUCACCGUACACCGCGGAUGGCCCCUCCGCACCCCCACGGUUUAACGCCGGCACCGGCCUUGGCGGGACUACCCUUGCGAAACUGGACACUCGGCCUCCCGCAAUGAAACGCCAGGACUCCGCGCCGGCGGAAAUGAGUGCCCCUCCGGCCCCCUCCCAGAAUGGCUUCGCUUCCACCGCACUUGCUGCCGCUAGGGCCGCGGAGCUCGUGAACAGCUCCCAUACCCAACACACGAGCUCGUUGUCAUCAAGUCAGGGAGGCAGUGCACGUCCGCCAAUCCCAGCGAUACUCCAGGGAUCAAACCCCUUACAAGCUACGCGCCCCGCACCCCCUCGCCCACUUCUGACAGCUACGCGCCCCGCACCAGCCGCACCGAAGCCAGUGGUGCCCGCUCACACGCCCUCCUCAGUGGACUUACGUGCACGGGCCCAGGCUCGCAAUGUCCCUGAGCAGGGUGCACCAAAGCCUUCUUUGGACAAAGCGCCAACUGUCGACGCUCUCGCCCAAAAAGAGCGCGAGCAGAGAGAGCAACGAAGGCGCGAGGAACGGGAGAGGGAAAGAGAGAAAGAACGGGAGCGGGAGAAGGAGAAGGAGCGAGAACGCGAGAGACAGCUAAAGGAACAAGGCGAUGGACAACAGCAAAGACCUGCUUUACCACCUGCCAAAACUUCACCGGCUGGUUCUCAGCCCGCCACACACCCCGCCGCCGGGCCUGCAGGUGCAACUGUUGGCCCGCCACCCGUGAAACCACUGCAACCCAUUAAGAAGAAGGAUGUUCCCACACCUGAGGUCACUGUCACUGCUACGGAAGGCGAGGACCCCGCCGUCGCGGAGGCUGCGCGGAAGCUGAAUGAGAAGCCCAAGGAGAAAGAGAAGCGCAUAAGCACGAUGACAGAAGCCCAGAUUAUGGAGAAACUCCGGUCCGUCGUUUCGGAGGACGACCCGAAGACACUGUACAGUAAGAUCAAGAAAGUCGGACAAGGGGCAUCUGGUCAUGUCUACGUUGCCAAAACACUGGCAAACGGAAAGAAAGUCGCUAUCAAGGAAAUGGAUCUCUCUCACCAGCCACGGAAGGAACUUAUCGUAAACGAGAUUCUCGUCAUGAAGGAGUCGCAACACCCCAAUAUUGUCAACUUCCUCGAUGCUUACCUUGUCAAGAAUACGGAACUUUGGGUUGUUAUGGAGUUCAUGGAAGGAGGUGCCCUCACUGAUGUCAUAGAAAACAACACGCUAGAAGAAGAUCAGAUCUCGAGUAUAUGCUUGGAGACUUGCCAGGGCCUGUGUCAUCUACACAGUCAAUCCAUCAUUCACCGCGAUAUUAAAUCCGAUAACGUAUUGCUGGAUGCCCAGGGUCGGGUCAAGAUCACCGACUUCGGUUUUUGCGCCAAGCUCACCGACCAAAAGUCUAAACGUGCUACCAUGGUGGGCACCCCUUACUGGAUGGCACCCGAAGUUGUCAAACAGAAAGAGUACGGUGCUAAAGUUGACAUUUGGUCGCUUGGUAUUAUGGCCAUCGAGAUGAUUGAAAACGAACCGCCAUAUCUGGACGAAGAGCCGUUGAAGGCGCUCUACUUGAUCGCUACAAACGGGACGCCGACGCUCAAAAAGCCGGAAGCAUUAAGCAAAGAACUGAAGAGCUUCCUUAGCGUGUGUCUUUGCGUCGACGUACGGAGCCGGGCCAAUUCGAGCGAGUUGUUAAAUCACGAGUUUAUGAAGAAGGCCUGCGCACCGUCCGGUCUAGCGUCUCUGUUACGAUUUAAGACAAAGCCGCAAGCAGCAUCGUGAUAGGUUACCCCUCUCUCGAUUCGAUUGAUUCGAUUCUCUUGCAAUGUAAUCUAUUUUCUCCCCUGACCUGACCCAUGUGGUAUCUUUUUUUCUUUCUCCUUGUAAUACACCCUUAUCUUCCGCACGCUGGGCAGCACUACAACGAACUGGUUUCCUCUAGCCGAUACAUAACUACCACGCCCGUCCGUCUUCCCUGUUUGUCAGGACAGUCUAUGGAUGUUGGAUGUGACUACGAUACUGGUUCCCGUUUUUCGCAACCCACCUCCGCACUUCUUUUCUUUUCUUUUCUUUUUGGUUUUUUCAAUCAUUCAUGUUGAUAUUUCUCCUUAGUUGCCUAGCAAUGAAAUUGUUGUAAUAACCUUGAGAUUUACAUAAAGGC